CUGCUCGGGCAAGGGGCGGGAUCUAGGCCGGAUCUGCUUGUGACAUCGGUUUGGGGGUAGAUUGUGGGGCGCUGGAGUGGAGCCGCCGCCGCCCGGUGAUCACAGCGCCCGUCCGCCCCCGCCAUGUCAGACUUCGACAGUAACCCCUUCGCGGACCCGGACCUCAACAACCCCUUCAAGGAUCCUUCGGUUACACAAGUGACAAGAAAUGUUCCACCGGGAUUAGAUGAGUACAAUCCUUUCUCAGAUUCCAGAACACCUCCACCAGGAAAUGUGAAAAUACCUAAUGCACCUGCACCGAGUACACAACCCGCUAUAAUGAAACCAACAGAGGAACCUCCUGCUUACACACAAAUAGCAAAGGAGCAUGCAUUGGCCCAGGCUGAGCUGCUUAAGCGCCAAGAAGAAUUAGAAAGAAAAGCAGCAGAACUAGAUCGCAGAGAAAGGGAAAUGCAGAAUCUCAAUCGACAGGGUGGCAGGAAAAAUAAUUGGCCUCCUCUGCCUGGGAAUUUUCCAGUGGGUCCUUGUUUCUACCAGGAUUUUUCUGUGGACAUUCCUGUAGAAUUCCAGAAGACAGUAAAGAUUAUGUACUACCUGUGGAUGUUCCAUGCAGUGACACUGUUUCUAAAUAUCUUUGGAUGUUUGGCCUGGUUUUGUGUUGAACCUGCACGAGGGGUUGAUUUUGGAUUGAGUAUCCUCUGGUUCUUGCUUUUUACUCCUUGUUCAUUUGUCUGCUGGUACAGACCACUUUAUGGAGCCUUCAGGAGUGACAGUUCUUUCAGAUUCUUUGUGUUCUUCUUUGUAUAUAUCUGUCAAUUUGCUGUACAUGUACUCCAGGCUGCGGGAUUUCAAGGAUGGGGUAACUGUGGAUGGAUUUCAUCUCUGACUGGGCUUAACGAGAGUAUUCCUGUUGGCAUUAUGAUGAUAAUCAUAACAGCACUUUUCACAGCAUCUGCUGUCAUCUCACUAGUUAUGUUUAAAAAGGUGCACGGCCUAUACCGCACAACCGGUGCUAGUUUUGAGAAAGCCCAGCAAGAGUUUGCAACUGGUGUGAUGGCCAACAAAACUGUACAAACAGCUGCAGCAAAUGCAGCAUCUACAGCAGCAACUAGUGCAGCUCAAAAUGCUUUCAAGGGUAACCAAAUUUAGUGAAAUACGAAAAUCACUACAGUUCUUUGACUGUACUUUAUUUUCCAUUUUCUUAAUUCUAUUCCUAAAGACUUGCGUUCAAAAUACACACAGCAUGUAUGUCUCUCCUUCAGCUGUGCAUGGGCUAAAACAGGAAACAAAUUCUUGUUUUAUUCCUUUAUACAUUUAUUUAUCAAAACAAAAAAACCCACAGCCAACCUCCUUUGCCCUCUUUAAAACAUUAUAUACAUUCUAGAUAUAUAAUUCUCCCUAUUUUCUGGAGGAACAAUAUUUUGGUGGAAACUUCAGCAAUGGCUCUGAAAUUGAUGUACUUUCUGUGAUCAGUUAAAUGUAUUUAGAGGGUUUUUUUAGUAUUUCACUCUGGAAUCUUUUGUUUUAACUUAAGGAAAGCAUUUUGGAGCAGUUAUUUUUGUUCCUGAGAGCCUGUUUCCCUAUUUCUACUGUAAGAAGUAGACUGACAGUUUGAGACUCUAGAUUUGGCUGCUGCUGUGGCAGUUUCAGCAGCUGAUGGACAGAUACAAGUAUGGUAGAUCAUGUAAAUUUUUUGGGGGGGCAGUAGGUUUUUUAAUAUAAAUCUACAAGUUUGCAUGAAUAUUGUUGAGAUAUUUGGCCAUGCUGAAUUAGUGUUUUGGUCCAGGAUUUAUCUGUACCACUUAUGAUUAUAGUGUUGGUUUGUAUCCAUUUUCAUGGCAUACUUUUUUCUAAAUCAGAAAUGGCUAUUGCAUAGACAUUCUUGCUGCCAGAAUGUGUAAUGCGAUGUACAGUUAAGAGAAGUUAACUGAUGGUUUUGAUCAAAGAGCUAAAUGAUUAUAUUUGCUAUUUUUAAUUUCAGUUUUCAUGUCUUAGGAAAACACAUUCUAUUAGAGGAAAAAUUACCAACCUUUAGAACACUUCCAUAACCAGUUGUUUGCCCCCUUUUAAAUGCAGUGAAAUUUUUGUGGUGUGUGUGUGGGAGGGAGGGAGGGGGUGUUUUUUUUCAGUGUCAAUUUGUGUUUACCAGUGGUACUAAAUCUAUAGCUUGGUCAGUCACUUUAUUUACUGCUUUUCCAAAAAUCUGAAUAUACAGUAUUUAAUUUUUUUACAGGAAUAUUUUCUCUAAUCAAACUUUUUAAACUGUGGCAUUUAACACAUACUUGAAUUCCUUUUAACGCACCUCAGCCUUCAUGUGUGAUUUGAUUCAAGCUGAAUAAUGAAAAUUCUUAACUAUUUUGAGUUGGAAAAGUGAAAUAUUUUUUAUCUCCAUUAAGAGAGAAUAAAAUUAAUUACAUUCACAUUGUUGAAAUGGAUAUCUGUCUAAUAGAUUAAACUGAUGCUGUGAUGCACCGUGAUUCAUGCUGGUAUUUAAGUAAUUUUCCAAAUCCUAAUCAGCUCUUGCUUCAAAAUCAUGUCACUGUCUAUUUAAGGCCAUUUGAGAUUCCUGGUAGGUUGGUUUAUUGGAUGAUAAUAUAUGUAGUACUUUGGACUAAGUUUAAAAUCGUAAAAUGCCAGUUUCAGAAAGUGAGAUCAUUAAGGACUUGACCCCCAAAUAUUACAUAAAUGCUUUCGCUGAAAUCAGUAUGACUGCUCAUAUGAAUAAGGGUUUGCAAGUUUAAACCUUAACAUUAUAAAGGCCUGGUGUAUACUAGGACCUCUCUGAGUGAUGCAGUGAAAUGGACCUAAUUUCCUAGUAUAGACAGUGCUAGGUCAAUGGGCGAAUUCUCCUGUCAACCUAACUACUGCCGCUUGGAGAGAUGGAAUGCCUGUGCUAACAGGAGAACCUCUCCUGUUGGGGUAGGUAGUGUGUCUCCUGAAGCAGUGCAGCUGCAGCAUUUUAAGUGCUUUUAGACCAGCCCAGAGAGGCCCCAUUAUCCUGAAUGUGGAUUGGAGGAAUAAUCUUCUCACUUCAAUUUUUAUGCAUAUUGUAAAAUAAGAUCAUUUUAAAAAAUACCCUUCAACAGCUUAAUACCUGGAGCAGCGUAGCACUUUCAUACAUAAAUCCCUGUAUAAAUUACAAGUACAACUUAAAUUCGUAAUUUAACUUCUCGAAAUCCAGUUUUAGUAGUAAAGAUAAAUAUGGUAAGAAAGCAUUAUAAUAUGAUCUAUUCUGAAGUUGUUGUUCAUAAUUGUAUUGUCUCCAGAUAGAAUUCUCUUCACUAUGAAUUAAACAAUGCAAUUGAAAUAACAGUAACAGGGACUCUCUCUAAAGCUUUUCCCCAGCACUUUUUUAAAGUCCAUAGAGGAGGUUUUAGUUCUCUUUCAAAUUUGUUUAAUCUUUAAUGUUCUAUCUGAAUUUUUAUUUUACAGUUUGUGUUGUCAUCUGCUAGCACCUUUCAGGCCUCUCUAGAUCUAAGUCCUACUUUUGAGAGUCAUCUUAACCAAGUAUGAAAAUUGUACUGAGGACUUCCUUUAAGGAUGGAUCUUAAGCCUGAAUCAAGCAUUUUUCUUUUUCUCAUGGGGUAUGAGGGACACCGUCCUCACAGUUAGAUUUAUUGUCAUACUGUAGAAUAGUAGAUUACCAGCAUGUGAUACUAUUAAAAAACAACUUGAAACUGACAGGCACAUGUCUACUUACAGUCCUGCUUUAAGCAGGGGGUUGGACUAGAUGAUCUCCUGAGGUCCCUUCCAACCCUGAUAUUCUAUGAUUCUAUGUUUAUGAUUCUAUGAUUCUUGCAUGUUUACCUCUGCACUCAAAAAUACAUGACGGUACAAAAUUAAUAUAUAUGAAUAUUUGUGAUCCAGAGAAAAAAUAUUCUCAUUUUAGAUUUGAGAACUGAAGGCUGAUGUUUGUUAAAAUAUUAUUACUUUACUAACAGAGGUAUUGGUCUCUUAUCAGUUAACACAAUAUGCACCCACUUACAUUGUCAUUUUGUUGUAUUGUGGCAAAUUUGGUUGAAAGUAUGAAGUUUAAACACUGGAAUGUCAAUAGUCAGUGAUCUGUAAUUUAGGAUUUGGAUUUAUUUAUCCGAGGGAUGUUUGUAUAUUUUGUAAAUUACUAACAAUGCUCUGCCAUUCUAGUGAAUGUCAUGGUUCUGUAGAAACACACUCAUUCUGUCCCUCUGAUGUUGCAUGUCUGAGUAGUUCACAAGUUUUGUAUAUUUAUUGUAUUAACACAAGGUCAUAGAAUAAAAAUACUGUUUCCUGGAUGUUUGCUCAGAAUAGUUUUAAACAAGAUAGGGAUUUUUUUUAAAGGUCAGGUAAACAUGCAGGAAGGCUGCUCUGUAUAAAAGUAUCAUUUGGUUUUUACAAUCUGUAUAUAAAUUGUGUAAUCUGCUGAAAUGGGAAAGUAAGAUGUCCACUACCAGAAUAACAAAUUAGUAUGACUAGGAUUGCAUUACUCCAAUAGUAUGAAGGAAAACUUCAGCAGCGCUUGCACCACUUUGUACUUGUGCUAUAAAAUUAAAGUUUAAAAUCAAUACCAAAUCUCUCUCUCUCAAAAAUGUGAGUAUUAAACCUUACCUAGGAUUUUACUGGAAGUAAAAUGAAACUGUUGAAAACAAUAUUGGGUUUGCUACUGUUUAUUUUUCUGUUUUCUGAAAUGACACUUCUGUAUCAAUAUUUUGUUCUGUUUCUGUUCAAGUGUAAUGGAAUAACAUUGCUGUCUACUGCUGUUUCAUAUAAUUAAUAUGUAGAGUAUGUUACUGGAUUUAUUAUCUUAUAUUAAGGGUUUGUAAACAGCUAACUUGACAGUUGAUGUAGACCACUGUACUGUAAUAGUGUUUUGCAAAUGCACAGUACAGUGAUACUCUUGUUCUGAUAUGUAGCCAGUAAUUUCUCUAGGCAGUUAUCCAAUCAGAAGUGAGUUGUUCAAGACAGUUGCACACCUAACAGUAGUGAAAUUAUCUAUAACCAAUUUUCCCUGUUUUCCUCUUCCCUUGUUACUUUGUAUUUAGAUGUUUUUGCAGCAGAUUAACUUCUUUAAAGGGGCACAUUCAACUCUAAAAAGUUUGGGUAUACUAUACAGCAAGUAAUAUUUAAAAUGGCUACAAUAAAAAGCAAAAAAACCCCA